CACCAAUUGCUCAACAUCCGCAAAGAAAAUGGCAGAGAAGAAAUUUCCUUUCAAUCUGCAGACAUGUGCCCGUCCAAAUAUCCUUGCUUUGGAACCAUAUCGCUGUGCUAGGGACGACUACAAAGACAAUGGGACAAAUAUCCUCCUCGAUGCGAACGAAAAUGCAUACGGACCUUCCCUCUUCCUAGAUACCUCGAGAACUUCAUCUACGAACCCCAGUGACCCCUCGAUCAAUUUCCUCGGCCUGAACCGCUACCCCGACCCCCACCAGCACGAGCUCAAACAACUUCUCUGCAACCUGCGAAAUACCCACGCGCACACACCUAAAAGAAUCACAUCCGCGAACCUCUUCGUAGGAGUAGGAAGCGAUGAAGCAAUUGAUGCUCUGCUACGCUGUUUCUGCGUUCCCAGCAAGGAUAAGAUCCUCGUCUGUCCGCCAACGUAUGGGAUGUACUCCGUCUCUGCACAAGUAAACGACGUUGGGCUCGUCAAGGUUCCUUUACUCUCCGCGCCGGAAUUUGGACUCGAUGUACCUGCGAUCAUCUCCGCCUUAUCUGGGCCUGAGGCUGUGAAUAUCAAGCUCAUAUAUGUCUGCUCGCCUGGCAAUCCUACGGGUGAGUUAAUCAAGAAGGAAGAUUUACAGAAGAUUUUGGAACACUCGACUUGGAACGGAGUGGUGGUUUUGGAUGAAGCUUAUAUCGAUUUUGCUCCCGAGGGAUCGUCACUUGCGGAGUGGGUUGCGGAGUGGCCGAAUUUGGUGGUUAUGCAGACACUGUCGAAAGCGUUUGGAUUAGCAGGCAUACGGCUCGGCGCUGCGUUCACAUCGCCGCCCAUUGCUUCACUGCUCAACAACCUGAAGGCUCCGUAUAAUAUCAGCAGCCCAACAAGUGCGAUUGCAUCUCAAGCGUUGGAGAAGGGUGGAUUGAGUGUAAUGCAGGCGAAUCGAGAGAAGAUCAUUAACCAACGAGACAGAUUAUUGCGGGAUUUGCCGAAGGUCACUGGGAUAGGACGGUUCAGAGGAGGGGUAGCAAGCAACUUUUUACUGGUUGAGAUAUUAGAUACCCAAGGGAAGCCGGAUAAUGUGACAGCCUUGAUGGUUUACGAACGGCUAGCGGAGAAUAGGGGGGUAGUGGUCAGAUUCAGGGGCAAGGAGCAUGGGUGUCUUGGAUGCCUGAGGAUCACGGUUGGGACGGAGGAGGAAGUCACGAGAUUCUUGAAAGAGAUGCUAAACGUUCUGGAGCAGGUCCACUCUGAAGGUACGAAGGUCAACGGUGCAGAGGAGGAGGAGAAAGAAGCGGAGGCCAGCGGUGUUGUGUCCUAGAUAGAGAGAAACUAAUAGACGAUCCGAAUAUUUUAAAGAAAG